ACGACACAACUGACGGGGGUCCGCUGAACAGAGGAGGGCAGCGACAGCGACAGAGAGACGGGGUUUGAGUCACUGCAACUGCCGCUAGAAAUCAAGAGGACAUCCUGCGCCGUCACUGGCCAAACAUCUUCCGUAGAGACAGGGUGCUGAUACUAAUCCCACCUCGUAGGUGCUUCAAAAGAGCAGGGAGAUGGGCGUGGCUGCAAACACUGUGAUCCUCGCGUGCUUCUCGGUGGCUUUGAUCGCGCGGGCCUGGAGUCAAGAAGGUUCGUGUCUGCAGGAUGGAAGGCACAAAGUAGUCCCGAGCCCGGAGCCGCAUCUGAAGGAGUGCUCGCUCUACACAGAUAAUGCCUGCUGCUCAGAGGGGGAUAUCCAUGAUCUGCUCUCUCCUGCUGCCAAUGUGGAAAAAGCCCAGUGGGACAAGUGUGGAGGCCUGAGCCCAGUCUGUGAGAGUUUCCUGAAGCGUGUGCUGUGCUUCUACCGCUGUUCUCCUGAUGCCGCUCGCUGGCCUCACCCUCAGCGGACCGCCGGCCUCAAGGCCGUGCCUCUCUGCCACAGCUUCUGCAAAGACUGGUAUGAUGCCUGCAGGCUGGACCUGACGUGUGCUCGAGACUGGGCUACAGACCCCAGAGGGAAGAACUGCACUGGGAGCUGCGUUCCCUACCAACAGAUGUACCAGCAUGGCCGUGACCUGUGCGAGAGCCUAUGGGGUGAUGCCUUCAUGGUAGUGGAGGACGAGGCGGUAGGCAACGGAGGGGCCGGUGGUAAUGGUGGUAAUGGUGGUAAUGGCGGUGAAGAGGGAGAGAGCCACACCUGCGGCUGCCUGAACCUCAGCCCCUCCGACCGGGAUGCCAUCGCCGCCCUGCGCGCCCGCGAAGAGGACCCAGAGGAGCUGGACACCACCAAGAUGGGGCUCCCUCAGUACCGCGCCCCCUGCGCUGCGGCAGGGUCCGCACAGAAGCCCGCCGCGCCACCAGUGCUGCCCCCACAGGCUCGGAAGACUGGUGGCGGCAUCAACAGCAUCCUGCGCAAGCGAUCGGUGCCCGUGGCGGAGAGCGAUGGUGAAGGCAGUGCCAGCGGCUUCGAGGGGACGGUUUGAGCGGCAGACCCUUGACUGUGCCCUUUGACCCUCUUGUUAAACUAAACGGUAACACUUUACAAUAAGGGAUGCAUAAAAAGCAUUAUAAAGACUUAGUAAAUAAUUAACUCAUGAUAAACUAAACAUUAACACAUGUUUUUUAUUAACUACGUUUUUUUAAUGCAUUACAAAAUAUCUUUGAAUACUACGUUCAAGAUUUUACAACAUUUAACAACAAACAUUUCUUAAUGUUUUGUUCGUCAUUAGUUACUAAUUAUUUACAAAGUCUUUAUAAUGCUUUUUAUGAAUCCCUUAUUAUAGUGUUACCAACUAACCAAACCUUGGCGACUCUAGUUGUCCCAGUAUUAUAUAUAACCUGUUUCUAUAUCCUGUGCAACUCACACCCAACACUGUUCUUUUUUAUUUACAUGUAAAGGUACCUGACUGGAAGUGAAUCAGUGGUUUUGGUGUAUUCGCAAAAAGUAAAUGCAAAAAAAGCAAUGCUAAAUAGUUUUUCAAACCUUUAAAUUAAAAGCAUUUCAGUGGCUCAAUCUUGUAUGGUGAGUUGGGCCGUCUGGGCAAAAAACACAGCAGAUUUGGAGAAGUGGCCCAUCUCUCUAGAUAAAGAGAUAAAAACUGUUUAGUGUUGCUUUAAAAUUUGGCUUCAUGGACAAUAGCAUUGCAACUGUAUUGAAGAAUAUGUGAGAAACAUGUAGUCUUGACACACAAAGUAUUUACAAAGUCUGGGAAAAAACCCACUUUAAGCUAUGAUUCGUGUCAGGAUGUGAUUUGUGUAGGAUCAACGUAUACACACACAGAGGUAUGAAAUAAUUUGGGUCAGAUUUGUCUAAAAAGGUCAGGCGGACGUUACAUCACUCUCUGGCAUAGGGAGUUGGCCCCGUUUGAGAGUAGAGGUGGCGAAGGUCAGGGCACAAUCCGGAACAAACUGCUCCUGUUUGCCAGAUCCCCUGGCCUAUGUACCUCUCUCUGGCCAGCGAGUCCAAUCCUCUGAAAACACCAGAUGGGAACAAACCCCUUGUACUAGCUUGCACAUUGCAUGAAAUCUUUAUUGACUGAUCAUUUGUGGAUGUAUAUAGUGUGUGAAAGAUCAUGCUGGAGAUUUUUAAGUUCCAAUGAGAGAUCUGAAAUACUAGCUGAAGUUCUGUAGAAGAAGAAUGUAAGGUUCAAUAAGCAUUAAAUGUAUACAGCUACUGUGCGCGGUGCUGUGCUGCUGUCCUUUUUUGUAAAAAGCCAUUUUUUAAAGUUUGGAAAGAGUUUUGUUUUGAAUCCGUAGAAAUGACAGCAAUUGACAGCAGACACAACAUUUUGUGUUUCCAAAACAAUACGAUUUUUGUUUUGCAUCUGUGUGUAUGUCAGAUUGUAUUUAGAUUGAACAACAAGCCAGUGUCACAGCUCAUCGUUAUAACAUCUACCUGAACUGAAAAAAAUGAAAAACAAAAUGGAGUAGCCUCAGAUAGAGCUGGUCUGUCUGAAUAUAGUGACGUGACAAUGUAAUGGUAAUUCUGUGCUGUUUCCUUUGAUGUCCUAUAAAUAAAGGCUCUAUUUCUAGAA